CACAUUGUCCGCGUGGUUUAUCUUUUCUUGACUUGCUCGCGGGACUGAAACGCCUGCAGCUGAGCUCGCGCUGCAAUCUGUGAAAACUGGAAAUGGACAGCAACAACGGAGGAGCCGUGAAACCGUCUUACACAGAUUUGAAGCGUCCAAAGAGCCCCAACUGGCUGGACAGCAGCCCUCCUCCCAAGAGUCAGGAGGGACAGGGGGGGGAAGAAGAAGAGGAAGAUGAGGAGGAGAAGAAGGUGGCGGCAGUGCACAAGGCGAAACGAGAACGCCGUCAAGGCAGCAGCAGUGCCACUAUGUGCCAGGUGUGCAACAUACAGCUGAACUCCAGCGCCCAGGCCCAGAUCCACUACAGAGGGAAGACGCACCAGAGGAGGCUGCGUCGACUGGCAAAGGCUGUCAGCACAGGUGCCCUCUCCCAGAGCCAGGUCCACCCACUCCUGGGCUCCCUGCCUCUGCCAGGUCGACCCCUCCAGCCGCAGGCUCACGCCCAGCUGGAGCACUUCCUGCCGCUCAGGGUCAACAGCUCCUCUCCACUCAGCCUCUUCCCCAAUUUCAGCACGAUGGACCCUGUGCAGAAGGCAGUGAUCAACCACACCUUUGGCGUGGCUCCACCCAAAAAGAAACCCAUCAUCUCCUGUAACAUCUGUCACCUGCGCUUCAACUCCACUACCCAGGCAGAGGCACACUACAAAGGUCAUAAACACGCUCGCAAGCUGAAGGCCAUGGAGACCCAGAGGAACAGGCAGAAGAACGCACACAAUCCAUCCACAACAAGAAAAGACAGAGAGAGGGAGAUGAUGGGAGGAGGAUCAGCACCCACAGACUCGCAUCUGAAACACAUAACAGGUCCAAGUACUUCUUCCCAACCUGCACAGCAUCAACUAGAAAACGGCCAGGAAAGCUCGCUGGCACCCACUCCGUCCUCUCAGCCUCUAUCCACAGACUCCUCCUCACUCCGCUCUCCUCAGCUGUCCCCAGAAAUUUCCCCUGGCUCUCAGCUUUCUGAUCUGCCUUCAGACAGUCCACCUGUGGAAGGGAGCAGCCCGGCCACCGGUUCAGCCCCACUCACUGACCCUCAGGGGAGCUCCACAGGAGGUGAGGUAGAGGUGGUAUUGAAGGUGGAGGAGGCUAAGGAGGCCAAGAGCAACAAAAAACAACCUCUUCACUGUCCAACGUGCAAAGUGACGGUCAACUCCAGCUCCCAGUUAGAGGCUCACUGUAGUGGCUCUAAGCACAAACAGAUGCUCGAUGGUCACAACAGCAGCCAGUCACAGCGCAGGGUUAAGAUGACAUCAUUGCCUAGGCCCGCCAGCAGAAUGAAGCAGCGAAUGGCCAGCAAGACCAGAGCCGUGGUGGGUGUGUCCAGCCAGCCCUUUCACUGUGAAAUGUGCCAGGUGUCCGUCAACUCAGAAACACAGCUGAAGCAGCACAUGAGCAGCAGGAGACACAAAGAGCGUUUGGCUGGGAAGCCUGUCAAGGCGAAGUUCACCCCCUAUAAUAAACUACAGCCCAGUGCUAUCUUAGCGACUAAACUGGCCCUGCAGAAGCAGCUCUCUAAGGCCCUGCCGGCAGGGUUCCUGACCAGCCCCCUCAAUCCAGCUGCCUUGUGCACAAUGGCGUCCGGACCCUUGGCACUACGGCUACCACCGGGUCCCACAGCUAUCAUCCAGGGUCCCCUGAUCAGCCCAACCCUCUUCAGGCCGGCCCCAGGACCUCUAAGGGCCACACAUGCACCUAUCAUCUUCUCUCCUUACUAGCAAUGAGCCACACUAGACUGGAGGACCUACAGUAAAGUGGACCUGAACUAGCGAAAGCUGGACUAGCAGAAAAGUUUAACUUGGUCGUGAGGACAAAUCAUGGGACCCCCUGAGGGACACCAGGACACUAUGCGAGGACCGCGAUAGGAUCAUGUCAGCAUGUCGAGUUUGGCAGGUUCAAGUCGUAAGAACAGUAUGCAAAAUCCCCUGGUGUGGAUUGAGAUUUCAGUGCUGAUUGGCCCCCCCCCCCCCCCCUUUAAAAAAGGAUGGACCGUCACUCAGCUGUUUCCUCUCAACAAAACUUGUGAGUGCAUGUUCCCCGGGGUCUGGACCCCUCUGGAAGCCAUAAUGACAAGCAUCCUCUAGAUUUAUUUAUGAGACAAUAAUAGGAUAAAACACUAGGGUGUGUAAAUGUUACUACGUGUUUGUUGACAAAAUUCUUUCAGUUUCAGAGAAUUCUAGGUGUACUCUGGGAGAACUAGUACAGUACUUCAUUCCUGCUUUAGUUCGUAUAACCAAAAUCAAGAAAAUCCAGAUUGUAAUAAACUCUCAUGAAAGAGGCUAUUUCCACGACAAGACAACGGUAAUUCAUAACUCCAGAUUGCUGAGGAUAUUUCCAGCCAUUGUCUGAUGUGGAUGCCUUUUCUUUUUAAUUUAUUUAAGACAAAUACAUACAUUAGUUUCUCCUCUGCGUCUGUGUUUCUCACGCUCUCUGUGUUAUGAGGUGACAAUCAACCACCACCCUUAUACGAUGCCAAGAAUACUCACCAUAUGGAGACAGACAUCUAAUGCAUAUAAUGAGAUUAUUUUAUGUACAAAAAUUUUAGACUUGUGUGGCCAGAUAAGUUACGAUAUAGCAACAGCUUGAUGCUGUUUGUGCAAUAUGAAGAGAUUGACUGAUGUGUGCUGUUCCCCAGGAUUUAAAUGAAUUAUCCACAAUGUGUCUUUGACAUCUUUAUUAAACCUGUUUUUUUAGAGCUGUAUUAAAAACCCCAUUCAUUUAUUUUAGAAAUCCCCUCCCAACAGACUGUGCUGAAUCAUCCUAAGCAAUAUGUAUUUUUGAAGUGUCACCUAGUAAAAUUAAUAACUAGUGUAACUGUGCAUCAAUUGCAAUAAUGUAAAUGAUUAUGUGCUAC